AGAGUACCUACGUAUAUUGAUGAACUGAUAUUUCAAGUGUUUGCCUUCAUCUUAUCAAAAAAAAAGUUAUAUAUAAAGUAAAACUCAAUAGCAAUCUCAGUUAUUAUUUGUUUAGUGAAAAUUCAGCACAAUGAAAGUUUCAACUUCAAUUUUUAUCGUUGGUAUUUUGGCAAUCGGUGCGGUUUUCGCCACACCAUUAGAGGAUCGCUUAAAUGAAUCAAGAUUACAAGGUUUAAUUGAUGGACUAAUUAAUAAAACCAUUAAUAAUAUUCUUGCUAACAUAUCUGAACCUAUUUGCGUCGACAAAAUGAAUUUGAGUUCCUCCAAUGACCAACUAAAUGGUUUCAUUGAUGUUAUCAACUUUAAACUUUACGGCAUCAAAGAAAUGGUAGCGGAAAAACUCGAUGUGUCUUUAUUAAAUUUAAAUUUAAACAGUACUCUUUAUAUCAAACAACUUGUGCUUGGGACCCAAUACGAUGCUGAUGUAACGCUUUUGGAACUGGUUCCAUUGUACGGGAAUGGUCGUGUCAGCGUUACAUUAGACGACAUUGAUAUCUGUGUUUUUGGAAAAGUCUCUACCAAAGGAGGCAUAAGUAUUUCCAACGUAACUGUAUCAUUCAACAUUGGAGAUGGUGUCUUCCAAGUAACCGGUUUACUACACAACGAAGAUUUCAGCGUUCUAUUGAGCACAAUCAUGAACGAUAACGUUAUACCUUUCAUUAACGAACACAGCGACUUGAUCAGCAAAAUUGUCAGUCCAAUUCUUGAGAAACUCAUUCAAGCCGCUCUCGGCGGUGGAUCCAAAUCAGCAGAACUAUUGGAAUUUCAGGAACUUUAUGAAGCUGAACUAGAUCAACUGCUCAAUGGAGAUUUAUAGAUUAUUUUAAUAUAAAUAUAAUAACUUAUAUUUAUAUUUUCAUCAGUAAUUUAUUUGAUAUGACGUGUUGAUGUUAAUAAAUGUAAGAUAUCAAGAAGUUGCGUAUAAAAAUUCAAAGUGGCCUCGUAUACAAUUUAUUAUUAUUAUUAUUAUUAUUAUUAUUAUCAUGGGUAUCUGCAGUAGACGUAAUAAAUCCGAUGAAACUGCUGAAUCUA